AUGAGAUUGCCCAAGGAAACUAAAAAAGAUGGUCCUUCCUUCUCCCCCCUCACAUUAUAUUCACCAACUGUAGAUUCCAUCAUCGGAGAGAGAAUCUCCUUCAAACUCGUCUGUAUCAUCAAAGAUUCAUCCCCUUAUAGCCAUGGCUCUAAUUCCAGAAUUAACAAGAAGAAGAAGAAGAGAGCCCAGAGCCAAGCCUCCCUCAUUCCUUGUAAGAAGCCGCGAAAGCCGACAACGGCGGCGGCGCUUCUCGAAUUGAAGCAUCUCGACGUCCCUCUCACCUCUCCGGCCACCGAUUCUCCGGUAAAUUUCAUCCGCCUCCAACCGGAUCGGCGUUACACCAUCGGCCGGAGCCCCCGCAUCUGUGAUUUCGUCCUCGCCGACCGCCGCGUCGGGAGCCGGCACUGCCAGGUUUUUUAUGAUUCUUUUCAUCGGAAAUUGUGUAUUGUUGAUGGAGUAUUGAAUUCGAUGCCUCAAUUUAGGAGCCAGAGUAGUGGUGGUGGAGUUAGGGCUUCGUUGAAUGGUGUGUUUGUGAAUGGGAUUAGGGUAAGGGGAGGUGAGGCGGUGGAGUUGACUGACGGAGACCAGGUCUCGUUUGGUUGUGCAAAUAUAAAUUGUUGUAGAAAUACGGUUAGGGUUGGAUUUGUGAUUCAUAAGAUUGAUUAUGAUUAUGAGGAUAUGUAUGUAUCAAAUAACUCACAGGGAUCUGUUGUUGUAUCAAAUCCUAAGGGAUGUAAGAGGAUUUUUGCUUCUAGGGUCGACGGUGAUUCGUCUUCCCUCAUGACAAGGGCAAGCUUUCUGUUGAGUGAGUGCAGGCGAAUUUUGCGGAGUGAUGACCCUAUAUCUUAUAUUAGGACACACUGUAGAUAUUCUUUUGGCAAUCGUUUUGUUAUGAAUAAUGUAGAUAUUCGAGCAUCUGGAGUAAACCGGAAAGGAUCAGUGCUAUGUGGAACUUCUGACACACGUGGCAAUGUGAAAAGAAAAGUGCAGUCGACUUCAGUGAUGCAUCACUGUAAAAGAGAAGGGGAUUUAAAAUCGAACAGCGAUUCAGCUAUUCUCUGUGUGGAAGGUGAUGCUUUAGAUCUGCAGGACAAUGAAGUGAAAGUUCCUUUUGACACUCAUGUUACUGAUGGAAAUCUUGAGACUUCAACUUUCGAAUUGAAAAGUAUGGAUAAUCUUGCUUGUGUUGGUGAUGCUGUUGAGGAUAAAACAUUCAGCAAGAAUGUUGGUUUACAACCAGGCAAGAACUUCUACCUGAAUUGCCUUGCGUUUCAGGACCAGAGCUCUUCAAGUCAUCAUUCUGUUAUUUCAUUGCCAGAGCUUCUUCAUCCUAUUCAAAGUAUAUCACAAAUAUUUAUUGCAACAUUCACAAGUGACAUUUUAUGGUUUUUGUCAGCCUGUGAAAUUCCCAGCCAUCUGCCAGUAACAGUUGCCUGCCAUAAUACAGAGAGAUGUUGGAGUUUAAGCACUGAAAAUAGAGCAUCUGCACCUUAUCCAGAAUUUCCAAACUUAGUUGUAGUGUAUCCUCCAUUUCCUGAGGCCAUGGCUUUUGGUGGAGACCUGAAAAGACAUGACAUUGGCUGCCAUCAUCCAAAAUUAUUUGUUUUACAGAGAGAUGAUAGCAUCCGUGUUAUCAUUACCUCUGCAAAUUUAGUGCCAACACAGUGGAAUGCAGUAACCAAUACUGUUUGGUGGCAAGAUUUCCCUCAAAGAAGCACUCCUGAUUAUCCAUCACUUUUUACUCAAUUUUCCGUCAGGGAAGUAAAUCAAGAAUCAAAAUCGGAUUUUGCUUCUUAUCUGGCUGGAUUUAUAGCAAUUUUACUGACCGACAUACCAAGUCAUGCCCAGUGGGUUAUUGAGUUGGCAAAGUAUGAUUUUGGAGGAGCAAUGGGACAUUUGGUUGCUCCUGUACCUGGAAUCCAUUCAUAUAAAACUCCCCACAUGAUGGAAUCCAGACACUCCAAAUGUGCUGAUCAUGGUCCAUCAGGGUCAUCUUGUUCAAAAUUCCUUGGAUCAGUUGAAACAUCUGCGGUUGGUAUAAGCUACCUCUUUCACAAUGCAACAGAUGCAAAUGGUGCAAAGCUGAAGACACUGUCUUCAUUUCUCAGGAAUUCUUGUGAAGGUAGAUAUUUAUCAAUUGUCUUGAUAAGAAACACAAAUAUACCUGCAGAUGCAAAUGCAGUGAGCAUUCAUAUUUCUUUUAAUCUUGCUUCAUAUAUUACAAAUUGUGUUCAACUUGGGUUUUUGCCCAGAAACAUUGCAAAUUGGGUCUCUCCACUCUGGGAUAUUGGGUUCUUUAGAUUCUCAGGUUAUGUCUGUCCUAAAGAAGCCCUUGGAGCAGCUUUGGGAGGAAACAACAAGAAUGUACGUCUGAUACUGCAUGCGUUACAGGGACCACAGUUUCAAAAUAUAACAAUGAUGAUGGAACCUCAACAUGUUACUGCAUUAUGCUCUUUGGUUGCAACAAUUGAAAGGUGUACAGGCCUCUGGCGUUUGCAGGAGGUUUUAGGUCAAUAUAAAUGGCCUGAAUCGCUUGACUCUGAGUUUGUGUAUGGUGCAUCUUCCAUUGGGUCAAUCAAUGCAAAAAUUUUAGCCGAAUUUUCAGCAGCUGCAGGAAAAGUCAUCAGUUUUGAUUCUGAGGAGUCUGAUCCAGAGUGGGGUUGUUGGAAUGCUCGUCAUGAAUCAAAAGAUCCAUCCAUUAGAAUCAUAUUUCCAACCAUUGAAAGAGUGAAGAAUGCACGUAGCGGAAUCUUUCCGUCAAAACGUGUUCUUUGCUUCUCUGAGAAAACAUGGGAAAUGUUGAGGACAGUAGAUAUACUUCAUGAUGCAAUUCCUCAUCCCUAUGAUAGAGUAGGAUACCCAAUGCAUACCAAGGUGGCACGAAGACGGUUCCAGUCUAGGACAGAUGCAUCUUCGUCUGGCUGGAUAUAUUGUGGGUCACAUAACUUCAGUGCGGCUGCCUGGGGACGAUCAAUUACUACUCCAUAUAGUUUUAAAUCGAACGGAACAGAGAAUACCAGUUCUUCUCGAUCGAUGCUUCAUAUAUGCAAUUAUGAACUUGGGAUCAUUUUUACCUUCCCCAAAGCAGAGACAGACGGGAAUAGUGCCAAUCCGAAUAGGACAAAUUUGGAUGAUAUUGUAUUGCCAUUUGUGGUGCCUGCUCCAAAAUACAAGCGAGGGGACAGGCCAGCUACAAGGCUGGCUAUGUGGCAAGCAUUAGCUGAACUUACUGAAAAAGAGAGAGAAACUAAAGAGGACGAGAUUGAGGUGGAAGCAAUGGAAGAGAUUCCAGAUGAAGAUGAAGUUGUUGAGGCAACUGAUUACGUUGCUGAAGAGAGAGAUGAGAAGGCUUACGCUGAUAUUCUCUGCAGCCAAUCAUCUCAGAGUUGUUGACGUCCUGUCUAAUAGUGAAAUGCUUGAUACUAGAAGCAGAAGAGUCAAAAAUCAAAUGUCUAUCUGCUUAUUUAUGAAGAUAGAAAGUGCAUCUCUCAGCAAGAUGUGUGCUACGCAGGAAUUAUUUUGUUUUGGAACUCUUCAGAUCAGUAGCAGGGGACACUGCACUGGGAAAUUUUCAGGUCUGGGAUUGCCUUGAGGUGAGUGAAUGUCCCCAUUUUAUGUGGAGAAUUGUCAACAAAAGUUUCUCAUUUGAGCAAAUGGAAUCUUUUAACAGAACGAGACAAGGUGCUUAAUGCCUACAACUACUCUGAAGUUGUUGGAACAUCCUAAGCAAAAAUGAGAGGAAUCAGAGAAUGUUCAGGCAGAUUGGGCAGUGAAGGAGCAAUUUAGUUGUUUCGCCUUUGAUUAAGAGCUGCUAGCCUGUUAUGGCCGGUCACGGGAAAAAUCGGUUGAAAAUGGUGCUACACUGCUACUGCUGCUUGUUAAAAAUGGUGCUACUGCUGCUUCUUGAAGUACUGGUAUCCCCUUUUCCCCUUUUCAUCACAUUGUAUGAGUUGACCGCUGAAGACAUUAGGUAAUAAUUUUAGGUUGCAUGCUGAACCAAACUUUCUAAUAGGCCCAAAUAUUUGUUUGGGUUUUAGACUUUAGAGGCUCAAAUUGAUAGUUAAGAAAGAGUUGGCGUAUCAAAUUGAAGCCAUCACACCGUCCAAUUACUUCUUCCCGAGUCAGCCGUCCUAUGCCGUUCUUCAAAACACUAUUUUGUAAUUUUCUGAUCAAAAGACAAAAGACACAGUUGUAGAAUGUUGAACAGAAAAACAGACACAUGCGAUGAGUACAAAACGCUGCGUUCUGAUUAGGCUAAAGUUUUGACUAUUGUUGGUUCUUGGCGUUGACGUGUCGUACUACUCUACACAAUACCUUUCGUCUCUCUUUCUUCUUCCUUUCUUUCCUUGCAGUUCAAGGUUCAAACUUCAA